CUGCUGAGUUGUGCAAACCUUGAGGUGUGACCAGUGUUCAGCUGUCAGGACCAAGAUGAAGUAUCCUUGACAAGGGGUGGUCGCAGGCGAAGCAUGUUGCCACUCUCCCUCCUGAGCCGGGGACAUGGGAAGUUGGUCCAGAACAAACAGAAGCUAGAAGUCUACUUGGAACCAGAGGAUUACUUGAAUUGGAAAUCCCCAGAAGACUAUGUCCUGGCCAGCAGACCUCAGGAUGAGGACCAUGCCAGCCAGCACUGCUGGAGCCUCUUUCUUCCUAAAACAUUCAGCACUAGGAAGGGGGCCUUGAUCCUCUAUUCAGAAGGGUUGGCCCUGUCCGCAUGGACACCCAACGUAAGGGGCAGAGGACUCACCCACCCCAAAGGCCCCAGGAAGAGGCCUGAUCUUGAACUGCACACACUCCACGACCUCAAAGAGGCCAUCCUGGCAUAUGGAAGAAAACAGAGGGAGCAGGACAGAGCCUGGCGACCUCACCUCUACUUCCAAAGCCAGCCAGAGAGCCAGGCCCAGCAGCAGAUCCAACCUGGGUAUUCAGCCAAGAGAUACCUCCGAGACCUCUUGCGGGCAUGGCCCCCAGACACCAUGUACAAGUUCCAGUGUGCAGGAUACAUCAAGGACUCUGUGCUGCUCCAGGACAGUCAACCUAAUGUACCAAAGAAUCUCAGACCUCAACAAGAUCUUUCAGGUGUACCCCCAAAAUACCACCUCCUGCCUGUCUUCCCUCCACUUUGGAGCCAACAAGGAAAAUCUCUUGAACAAGAUCACCGAGGUCUGCAGGAAGGGGAAGCUGGGUAUGGAGGAUGCAUGGAGCAGGACUCUGGAGCUGACAACCACAGCAGUCAGGGGCCCUCCAGGCUGCCACUGAGGAAGCAGCCCCAGCAGGAAAAGGCACCCAGAGCCAAGGACACGUCAGAAGCAUCCCAGGAAAGCCACAAUGAAAAGCCCCAGCAGACCUCCAGAACAGCCUCCAGCCAGGCACACACCCAUCAUUCUUGGCUCCUGGGCCCCACGUCCCACAUUACAUACUAUGGAGGUGCCUUUUCCAGUCGGAAGGCAAACCUUAGGGACAGAAAAGAGAUUGUACAACUCCUCAAGACCAGAAGUGGCCCCCUGUUAGAGGAACCCACAGCUGAAAAACUCCAUUUCCCUCCCAUAGCAUCUGCCACUGGUUUGGAGAAGCACACCCCAGGGGAACUAAAGAAGAAAAAGGUGCCCAAAGCUUUGAAAUUACCUCCUAUCUCUGAAGACCCAUGCAAGGUCCUGUUGCCUUUGAGGAACCAGCUUAAAUCCCUUGAGCCCCCAAUAGAACUCUUCAUUUUCCCAGUGGAGAUCCACUUCCACACCCGACACCCACCAAAAGACAAAGCCAUAAGAAGAGGUGCUCCAUGCUCUGAGUCAAAACCGGAAGUGGAAAUGGGGACCAGGUCUGCACAGAGGCCUCCCCUGAAGCAGGCCCGAAGACCACGAAAGUUAAGGGUGCAUCUCCCAGUGGACACAAGCAGGGCCAUGCUCUCACCUCAAGCUUUUGAAGAUGACAGUGUCCCAUCCCAGAAUAUGGCCUCGCUGGUGGAUGUUCUACCCCUGAUUAACAGGAGAAAGAGUCCAGGGAGCCAGGGGACAUUGGACAGUCCCAGAACAUCUGGCCAUAGGAGCCCUAGGAGUCCCCCAAAUAUGAGACCUCCGGCAAGGACACUGCCAACAAAACAAGAGGAGCCCAGAGAGCCCAUGCUGGAAUGCUGCAGGCCGGACCCCCCUGGAGAAGAGGUCUGCCCAUUCCCCCCAGAGCCAACUCUAACAUUGGAGCUGCAGCCAGGAGAAGCCCGUGAAUCUGUCAGUUCAAGUAUCAACCAUACAGAGCAAGGAUUUAGUAUUCAGUCAUUCCUGAAAGCAGACACAGAAUCCAAACGUAAUCUCCACAUGACUCUACCUGAAGCCUCGCCUCUGACCCCGACAAUGGAGAUGCAGGGAGCGCAGCAGUCCUUGGAGGCAGCGGCUCAGAAGACGGGAGAGCCUCAAAGUUGUAUAAAUAAAGAGCCGAUAUGUUCAAACAGCAAAGAAUUUUCCACGCGCAAGCUGCACAUCGACAUGACGCCGUUCCUGAAGGGCAAGGAGCUGACUGCCAAGGUCAACAGAAGAAGAACCCAGGCAGACGAGAGCCACGCCCCAGGAGGGGAACAGGAGAAAAAGGCUCUCAGAGGAGCCGAGGCUGCUGCGGGCAAAGCAAAGCCCUCAAAGGCUGAAAAGAAAUCAGAGCUCACUUCCAAAGCCAAAAGAGCAGGUGUGAAGAGGGGCAGGCCCCAGAAGGCAAGGGAUCCGGAACUGGCAGAGUUAGCCGGGCCUCAUGGCCCUGACUCCACCAGAACAGAAGACACAGGCAGAGGCUGCUUCUCGGCCAGCCCCAUCUUAGACGGCCCUUGGCUUGCUCACAAGUAUGACUUUCCGGAAACCCAAGUUUCUCUCGAGGGAAGGUCAUCGCCCAGCCAGGCCACAGCUGUCGCUGGUCACGUGGACCCUGAAGGAGAGAGAAGCCCGGAGGAGCCAUUGCAGGGCCUCCUCCCUAAGAGGGAGCAGGAGCAGGUGCUGGCUUCCAGGGACAGGCUGCGAAUGGAGAGGGCAGAGAAGAGGCGGCUGGAGGUGGAACGGAAGAGAAGGGAGCAGGAGGAGCAGAGGCGGCACCAGCAGGAAGAGCUGGAGAGAGCAGAGAGGAUGAAGGAGGAGCUGGAGCUGGAGCAGCAGCGCUACAGAGAGGAGAUCCGCUUAAGGAAACAGAGACUGGAGGAGCAACAGCAGCAGCAGGAGGCAGCGGCAAGAAAGCAGCGGCUGCAGAAGCAGGCGGCCCAGGAGAGAGCCCGACAGCAGCAACAAGAGUUCCGGAGGAAACUGCAGGAACUACAGCGGAAAAAGGAGCAGGAGGAAGCCGAGAGGGCUGAGGCAGAGAGGCAAAGGCAGAAGGAGCUGGAAAUGCAGUUGGCAGAAGAGGAGAAGCGCCUGAUGGCAAUGGCUGAGGAAGAACGGCUGGACUACCUGCGGCGCAAAGAGGAGGCAGAGCAGCAGGUUGCGCGGGAGGCUGAGCAGAGGCGGCUGCAGGAAGAGGAAGUGGCAAGGCUGGCUUCGGAGGAGGCCCUGCAACAGGCCCAGGAACAUGCCAGACAAAGAGCUGCUUUGGAGAAACGUCUUCUUUUCCAUCAAGAACUCCAGAAGGAAGCCAGUGGCCUGCAGUGGACACACAACAUCUCUCGACCCUGGGUUUACUCUUAUUUCCAGUUCCUACAAAUGCCCAGACCUUAA